AUGGCCAUUAAUUCUUCUGAUAAUUGUUGUCUUGAACCAAACUGCUUAAAUGAUGAUAUUCAAUUAAUUGCUGUUAUUGAUGAUCUUUUAAUGAAAGCUUUGAGUUCUGCCAGACAUGAAGCUGAUUCUUUAAGAAUACAACAACAAAAACAAAUUAGAGAAUUGGACGAUCUUAAAAGAGAUAUUCAAAGUUUAAGACGUACUGGGCAUGAAUUAAAUGCUAGUGAUGAUAAAUUAUUAGUAGAGAAUAGAAAUAUUAAAGAGCAAGUAAUUCUGUUACAAGAACGCCUUCAAAAAGCUCAUUCAGACGAAUGUACUCGUGCAGCUGAACUUUUAGCUGCUAAACGUGAAAUUGAGGAAUUACAACAAAAAUCGUUCAUAACUUCACGCCAAACUGCAGAAUUAGCAAGUUUACAAAUUGCUAUUAAGAACAAAGACAAACAAGAAGAACAGCAUAAACAAGAAUUAGCUGUUGCACGUCUACAGGCCGAGACAGCAAUAAAAGCAAAUACAGAGUCACUCAAGAGAUUAGAAUCUUUGGAAUUAAUACAUAGCGCUCUAGCCUCAGACCAUGAUCGUUUACAAAAUUUGCAUCAAAUGCUUAGCAGCGAUUAUGAUCGUGUAAUAACUCUUCAAAAAAAAUUGAAAGGAGAAAAGACUUUAAAUGAACAAUCACUUAAAGCUGAUUUUCUGAGAGAAAGAUCUAAUUUAGAGCUAGAAUUAGAGAAAGAGAGAACAGAACGCCAACGGGAAGUUCGCAAAGUUUCAGAACUUGAAAUUGAAUUGGAUCGUGUUAAUCGAGAAUUGAAUGAAUUAAAAAGAGACCAAAAUUCUGCUGCCAAUCGAAGCGAUACUUGUUUGGAUGAAUUGCGGCGUUUACGAAUUUCUGAAUGUGCACAAAAAUCGACAAUUUGUAAUUUAAAUGUAAUUAUUCAACAAUUAAAUAACGCUUUGACUGAAAAGGAUUUGGAAUUGGCUAAUUUAAGACGUCAAGUGGAGGUAGUAAAUGGGGAUUCUCCCCACAUAAUAAUCUAUUGA